CCUGGCAGCCGCCCGCGAUGAGCGAGGCCAGCCGGCUGUGCUCGGGCUACUACAGCCUCAACCGCAGCUUCGUGGAGCCCUUCCAGUGCCCCCGGCGCGGCGAGGGGGCCGCGCUCGUCUACUGCUGCGGCUUCGCCGACCUCAAGUACUGCUGCAGCGAGCCGGGCAGCUACUUCCCCUACAAGCACAGCUACAUGUGGAGCCUCAGCAUUGGUGCCCUGAUUGGAUUGGGAAUUGCUGCCCUUGUUUUACUUGCCUUUGUCAUCAGCGUCUGUGUCCUUUGUUAUUUAUUUCUGUAUACAAAGCCUCAAAGAUUAGACACUGGCCUUAAACUUCAACACCUAGAGGCUUCUUCUACUCAAGAAGGCAACUCAAAUAAAAAAACCAAAGCCCUCACUUCAAAUGCAGCAUCAAAUUCAACAAAUGAAACAUUCUAUGAAGCUGAUGAUAUAAUAUAAGAAAAAAUAAUGGAUACAACACAAAUCAACAUUGCUUAUUAACUAAACAGUGUUUUAAAAGCUCACUGGAAAAAUGGAGCAAUAAUAAUAAAGAAUGCAUUUCAAACAUAGUUUGUAAUAUUGCUUUUCAAAAAUUCGCCACUCACAAAGCAAGACACAGCUGCAUUUUCAAACAUUCAGUUAAUUUAUUUGAAUACCCAGAAAGGUUUCUGAUCGAUUUUCAUGUGCAUAAGUCUACUUUUAUUUGCCAAUUAAGAUGUUUCAGCAUUACAUCAAAUUAUGCUAAUUAUUUGGGAGAAAUUAAGGAAUUGAUCAAAAACACAUAUAAGCAAACCUAUCUCAGUGAGGAACAAUGAGAAGUUAAUGUCACAUUACCAGCAUUUCACAAUUUUUAUACAGUCAAUUAUUUUUAUGAGAUGGCACUGGAUAGGUAAAUCUUGGGAGGUGAGCAUGUCGUCUUAUAAACUAGAGGUGGUAUGUUCUUAAGUCUCUUAGAAAUCAACCCAGGCCUUUUUGGAGGACUUCCUGGGCAGGCAGACAACAUAUUGCCUUUAUAAAAGCUAAUAUUCAAUAACAAAAAAAUCACAAUGUAUAAUCUGUACAACAAAUAUUUUCUGUAUUUUAAGGGAUAACCAUAACAAAAAUCCUUUGCUGAUAAAUUUCCUAAAGAAUCUCUGUAAUGAAAGUUAUAAGACAAACAAGUUCUCUGUUCCCGCCUAAUGCUAUCACAUUAAUACCACCUAGACAUCUAGAAAUAAAACUAGUUUCUGCAAAUUAUAA